UAUCACUGGUAAAAGCAAGAGACAAACAGAUCAAUAGGCACUACUUGCACCAGUAUAAUGGACAACUCACAGUCAGAACCUGAGAAGGAAAUGUCAUUUGAACAGAAGAUUUCUCAGACUUUCAACACAGAUGGAUUUUCAGGCUCUCGCCAUCAAACACGUGGACGAGGUCUGUUUAUGGAAAGAGGUGGGUCUGCGUUUCCACACCACCGACUGGUUAUACUGAGUCUGGGCCUGCUGAAUGCAGUUCUGCUGAUAGCUACUGUUGUCAUUGGGAUUUACUGUGCCAAAGCCCAAGACAUUUACCUUCAGGUUCCUGAUUCAGCUGCUACACCCCUCAUCAUUGAGAUGAACUAUCUCCGCAACCACAGCGGUAUCAUCAGAGCUAAGUUGGAGGCCCAGGCAGCAUUGGCGAAACAGCGUGCCAGCCAUGUGCAAGUAAAGAUGGAAGUGAAACAGCAGCAAACCCUCACUGACAGCCUUCAGAGACAGAUUGAGACACUGCAUACAGAGAAGACAAAUCUGCUGUCUGAGAAAACUUCCUUAGAGGAAAACUGUGGCAGAUGCCUUCCAGGAUGGAUUCUUCUUAAAUCUUCCUGCUAUUAUUUUUCUUCUCGCCAAGUGUCCAACUCCAAAAAGAACUGGUCAGAUAGCAGAGCACACUGUAAUAGUCAAGGGGGCGACUUGCUUGUGAUCAAUAACUUGGAAGAGCAGCUACGUAUAAGUGACAACUAUCCAAAGCAGAGCAGCGGCCAUGUGUGGUGGCAGAACGGAUUUUGGAUCGGCCUCACUGAUGUAGUGACGAAGGGAACGUGGGUCUGGGUUAACAAUGUGACUGAGGUGGAAACAAUGUACUGGAGAGAUGGACAGCCUGUCCUUUUAGGACCUCAGGGUGGGAACUGUGCUGCUUUGUAUCACUUUGGCGAUAGCAGGAAGACAUGGUAUAAUGGGAACUGCCACAGCCAUCAAUAUAACUGGAUAUGUGAGAUGGAGCCACAAAACACAUGAAACGUCUCAAGCAGAAAUCACAUUAACUGGACAAUGUAUGCAUGUGAGCAUUUUUAAGGUUUGCUUACUACAUGUAUGUGUGCAGUGCUAGUAUUUUUUCCCUGUCAUGUUUGAGCAGAAAAUAGGUGCAAAAAUGCCAAAACAUCUCUUCAAGAAGAAACACUGGUAACUUCACACAUCUGCUCAUGGUACAAUUUAAUAAGCUUGUUGAUCCUCUGAAAGUCUGAAAUAUAUAACUGAAUAACCUGAUGAAACACAAUACGUCCAGUUGUGUAUAUAUAAUAUUACAAAACCAUGUUCAAUUAAAUAAAAAAGGUGACACCUGAAGAAAUGUCUUAUAAAGCUUGACUGAAUAAAUCAGAAAUCAUUAUGUGAGGACACUGCUCUCCAAAUUACCAGCACAUCCCCCCUGUAAAUAUUUAACUAAUGAACCUGAUUUUUUGUUUGUAAUGUUCCACACAUGCACCCACACACAGGGCAACGUCCUAACAAAACCCCCCCUCCUCGACAAACACAUCAGUCUGCUCUCAUCUUAACAGUCAAAAUGGAGGACAGAGGGAAUUCAGGUGGCAGUUUUGAUGGUACAUAUAACAAACUGAUUAGUCAAGAGGACUUCAGCGGAGAUGAGCACUCGCUCUACACAAACCAAGAGAAGCAACAAGUGUCCAUGUCCAUGGUGAGACCUGACUUCAGUUUGAAUCAUUACAAACUGCUCACAGUGAGCCUGGCAGUGCUCGCUGCCAUUCUACUAGCAGCUGAUAUUGGCCUGGGAGUCUACUAUAGCAGACUCACUGAUGGGUACCGUACAGUAACGGACAUCAGCAGUGAGGUGGCCAAACUGCAGGCUACUUACAACGCUGUAAUCCAAAGCAGGGAUGAAGCCAAGAAACAGUUGGAAAAAGAGCUCGGUGAGCAGCAAAUUACCAAGUGGGAGCUUGAACACCAGAAAAGAAGAAACACUGACUAUGAAAGACUGUCUGACAAAAUUCGAAUGGAAAUUGCACCGUUGAAAUCCCACAUGCCAAUGAUUGAGGAAGGCUGCAGACACUGUUUACCAGGAUGGACUUUCAUGAACUCAGUGUGUUACUACUUCGCUCUCUCUGAUGCUAUGUCACGCAGAUCGUGGCAGGAAGCCAGACAGUUCUGCACAAGACAAGGAGGCGAUUUGGCAGUGAUAGACAGCAGAGAGAAACACAUGGCAGUAGCUGAGUUGAUAAAUAAUUAUCGAGACCCUUUGAGACCCAUAACCCAGAGUGGCUUCUGGAUUGGACUGAGAGAUGUGGACGAGGAAGGGACUUGGAAAUGGCUGGAUGGAACAAGACUGACUGAUGGGUACUGGAAUGAUGGCGAGCCCAACAACCAUCAUGGUAAUGAGGACUGUGCAGCUGCCUACCCCAGAAGCAACCCCUUUAAGUCCUGGAACGAUGCUCCAUGUACUUAUGAGCUGAAAUGGAUUUGCGAAAUGGCACCAAAGUCUGCAAGUUAAUGUUUUUUUUUUAAUCACAUUUGGUUUUUGUUUAAUUAUUUGAAUGAUGCAUUAACUCCAUCUCAGAGACCUUUACACAUCUUGUGAAUUGUUAUUUUUUUUUAUUGUCACAUCGAUAUUUGUUGGGACUACAAAACGUCAAAAAAGAUUACAAUAUGAAAAAUACAUCUGAUUUGAACUGUAAAAUGUAACAUAAUUAUUUGACUGUAAUAAAUAAAAUAUUUACCUUUACUAUA